AUGGCAGCUGAAGAGAAGAACCAAAUGGUCAUCUCCAGAGAGGAGGGAAGAACAGCCAUCAUGCUGUCACAGCCGUUCCUCCCGCGGGUCACAACUCGCCCUCUCUAUUGCCCGUGUCCCCUCGGCGGCCCCGCCAGGGCAUCGCUCUAUUGUUUGGAUGAUGUGCAGUGGGGGAACACGCGGCAGCUCUAUUACCAAGUCCUGCAUUUCGGAAAGAUUGUCUCCUCGGCACCAAUGCUCUGCAAGGGGUUAACGGUUCUAACUGGAAGCGAAAGUCCAGUCAGCGGCAGCAUGGAGCGCGCAUUUCAUAGAGGAGAUUUUCUCUUUCUAGCAAGUCGAGUUGAAGAUCAUCCCGUAGGAGUGGAAGAAAUUGUUGUUUUUAGGAUAGAAGGAAGAGAGGUUCCUAUAGUUCACCGAGUCUUGAAGACUCAUGAAAAGCAAAAGGGACAUAUGAAGUUUCUGACCAAAGGAGAUAACGGUGUGGCUGAUGGCUGAGGCCCAUAUAAACAAGGAUGACAUUGGCUAGAGAAGAACGAUGUUGUGAGGAGAGCGAGAGGAUCUGUUCCUUACGCUGGGAUCGUGACCAUCCUCUUGAAUGACUAUCCUAAAUUUCAGUGUGCAGUGCUCUUUUUGCUGGGUUUAUUUGUGCUGUUCCAUUGUGAGUAAGAAGUCUGCCUUGCUGUUCCUGGAAGAUGCUGUACUUUUUGUUCCUGAAUGUUUGGAGUAGAUAUCGAUCUGUGGUUGGUGGAAUGGAGAACACAUGUUGGCGCUUCUUGGUAGCCCUGGUUUGCAUUAAGUUUAUGUUUCCACGCCAGAGUACGUGUGGGCGGGUGCAUGUGCACCACAGUGUGCACUCGAGGGGACUUUCAAUCACAGAAUUCCAUAUGUUGUCAUUGUCACACUUGCGCAUUUUUGUACAUCGGUGAAUUUUUUCUAUUAAAAGU